AUGAGUACAAUCGUUCUAUUGGCCGUGAUCGCCUUGGGAGGUGUGUCACUGAUGAUGGGAGACGAUAAUCUCCAUCAUCAAUAUGGAGUUUCUUUUGGGAAAGGUAAAUGCAACUACCGCAACCAAACACUCAGAAAUGGACGCUAUACAACAUCAAAGGUCCCUUGUGAGCUCUGGCUUUGUAAUGUAACAGACAAAACACUAACAGUUAUAGGGUGCAAUGUCAGAGCCUAUGGAAGUUGCAUCCACGUGCACGACUCUCGUUUAUUCUGGCCAUUUUGCUGUCCGGGUAGUCCCAUCUGCUAACGUAAUUUCGAAGUUAAUCGAAGUUACCACUUUUGCGAAUAAAAUUGUUUUCCUACAAUUUUGACAAUCAACUCGCUCCGCUUUCUUAUAGGGACACUGACACUCUCC